AUGGACCCCAGCUUCCGGUUCGAGCCGGACAGCUCCGACGACGAGGCGGCGGCGGCCCCAGCGCGGGGCGGCCCGGCGCAGUCGCCGUGGGAGUUCUCGUCGUACGCGGAGUCCGUGGCGGCGGAGCACGCGCGCCGCCGCACCACCUCCAUCGACGAGAAGAUCUCGCACCUGCGCCAGGGACGCGGGAAGCCCGUACUCUCCGAUGACUCGGAGAGCGACGCGAGCGGCAGCGGGGAGGAUGAUAGCAGCGACGACAAGGAGAUAGAGGGGGGGAGCGGUGACGAGGAGGACGAGCUGGAGGAGAGCGAGGACGAGGAGGGGGUCGACGGGGAAGCCGAUGACGAGGAGGAGGUCGAGGGGAGUGGCGAUGAGGAGGCGAGUGGCGAUAGGGAGGGGGAUGUGGACGGGAGCGACGAGGAGGGAGGAGGCGAGCUGGGAGAAGAGGAGGAUGCCCAUGAGGAAGAAGAUAUGGCCGAGCAGAAUGACACGAGUGGACCAGUUGAUCCUUCUAAGUUUUUCGCUUCUUCGGAGGGGGUAUCGUUUCAUGCAAAUUCGUUCCUUGAGCUUAACUUGUCUCGUCCGCUAGUUCGAGCUUGCGAAGCACUUGGCUACCAGAAGCCAACUCCGAUUCAGGCUGCUUGCAUACCUCUGGCAUUAACUGGAAGGGACAUCUGUGGUAGUGCUAUUACAGGAUCUGGAAAGACAGCUGCUUUCUCUUUGCCUGUGUUGGAACGUCUACUUUUUCGUCCAAAGCGUGUACCUGCAAUAAGGGUGCUUAUUCUUACUCCAACCAGAGAGUUGGCUGCUCAGGUCCAUAGUAUGAUCGAGAAGUUAGCCCAAUUUACUGAUAUCAGAUGUUGUCUCAUCGUUGGAGGUCUUUCAACUAAGGUUCAAGAAGUUGCUCUAAGAUCAAUGCCUGACAUCGUUGUAGCAACCCCUGGGCGCAUAAUAGACCAUCUGCGCAAUUCUCUUUCUGUUGGGCUUGAAGAUCUAGCUGUUGUGAUCCUUGAUGAGGCUGAUCGCUUGCUAGAAUUGGGUUUCAGUGCUGAAAUUCAAGAACUGAUUCGUAUGUGUCCUAAAAGGAGGCAGACUAUGCUUUUCUCUGCUACAAUGACAGAAGAAAUUGAUGAACUUAUAAAGCUUUCACUAAACAAACCUGUACGUCUCGAAGCUGACCCUUCUCUGAAGCGGCCUGCAACGUUGACUGAAGAGGUUGUUAGGAUACGGCGAGCACGUGAGUCAAAUCAAGAAGCUGUUCUUCUUGCACUCUGUUUGAAGACUUUCAAGCGAAGUGUUAUCAUUUUUAGUGGGACAAAGCAAUCUGCACACAGGUUAAAAAUAAUAUUUGGUCUCUCUGGCAUGAAAGCAGCUGAACUUCAUGGCAACCUUACACAAGCCCAGCGACUUGAGGCUCUGGAACUUUUCAAGAAACAGGAAGUAGAUUUUCUGAUUGCAACUGAUGUCGCUGCUCGUGGGAUUGAUAUUGUUGGCGUUCGGACUGUAAUAAAUUUUGCAUGCCCAAGAGAUGUGAAAACUUAUCUUCAUCGUGUUGGCCGCACAGCGCGGGCAGGAAGAGAAGGCUAUGCCGUGACAUUUGUAACCGAUGAUGAUAGGUCCCUCUUGAAAGCAAUUGCCAAGAAGGCUGGUUCACAGCUGAAAAGCCGCAUUGUUGCAGAGAAACCUGUGGCUGAGUGUGCACAACUGAUUGAGCAACUAGAAGGUCAAAUUUCUAUCAUCAUUCGAGAAGAAAGGGUGGAAAGAGAAGCGAGAAAAGCUGAAAUGGAAAUCGCAAAGGCAGAAAAUAUGAUAGCUCAUAAGGAUGAGAUAUACUCACGGCCAAAGAGAACCUGGUUUGCUACUGAAAGGGAAAAGAAGCUUUUGGCAGCAGCUGCUAAAGAAUCUUUGGAUCAAGGUAAGAGUACCUCUGGAGUUAUUAGUGCUAAGCAGGCUGAAGACCUCCGUCUGAAGGAGAAAAAGAGACGAGAGCAUGAGAAAAAUCUACCAAGGAAGAAACGCCGAAGACUAGAGGCCCAGCGAGAGAUGUUGGAAGAUGAGGAUGAAGAUGACGAGGAAGCAAAGGAAAAUGAUAGAGGGAAGAAACCAAAGAAAGGCCAAUCUCUAGUGGAUGCUGCUUACCGAAAGGCAAAAUCAUUGAAGGCGGCCAGCAAACGGGGUCCUGGUGCAGGCAAAGGAAAGAAAGAGAAGAAUGCAAGACAACAUUCUGAGAAGACUCUGAACAGGCAUGAGGAGAUGCGUGAGCUGUUCCAGAAUGAUAUGAGCGAAUGGAAACAGGGACGCUCCUCAAAGAAAAACAACAAUUUCACGCACAAAAAAUCAAAGAACACUUUUAAGAGCAAAGCAAGGUACAAGCGCCGGAAGUAG